AAAUAAUUGCAAAUAAAAAACCGAUCAGUUCUUAAAAAAUCCGGCAAUGGACGUGCAAUCAAUCCCGUUCCUCUCCGAAGUGGUCCCUCUGGACCCUUCCUCCAGCAUCCAGGAGCACAAAGUGCGCCGUUUAACCGCAGCUGGCGAAAACUACGGCAGUCUGAUGCUCAGUGUGGACAUCACAGUCAAAAGUCCCGAGGGAACACGCGAAAUAAACGCCGUAGCCAAAAUGGUGCCACCCAACGAAUACAUCCAGAAGGUCUUCAACACCCAGGUGACCUUCCGGAACGAAAUCGCCUUCUACAGGGAGAUAGUGCCGACAUUGCGACGCUUCCAACAGGAGCAAGGCAUGGCUAACGCGAUCGACUUCUUCCCGAAAUAUUUAGGGAGUCGCUUGAAUCGGGAUAAUUCGGAUCGGGUCGACUCGGACGGCAUUUUGUUGCUUGAGAACCUCAAAAUGGCGGGCUACGCCAACUUGGAGCGCACGGUAGGGUUCGACCUUGAGGUUGCUAAGGUGGUUGUCAAGGACUUGGCGCAUUUGCAUGCCGUUCCGUUGGGCCUUAAAUUACAAAAACCAGACGUUUUUGAAAAAAAAGUCAAAAAAUAUCUAUCGCCCUUUCAUCCAGACGAUGACGAAAAAAUUGUGGAAAAAAUGUGCAAUUUGGUUUGUAGUCUUGACACUUGUCAAAAAUACCACGAAAGGGCCAAAUCGGCUCUUUGGAAAAUGCGGGACAGAAAUACAACAAUCAGAGAGCCCUUUGCAACUUUGGUGCAUGAUGAUUGUUGGGUCAACAACACCAUGGUGAAGAUCCAGCCGGGGGAAGUCCCCAAAAAUAAAUUCGUUGAUUUCCAAAUUUGCAACUACGGGUCACCAGCCAAGGAUUUGCUCUUUUUGCUAUUCUCCAGUGUUCAAAAUGAUGUGAUUAGGAGCGAGUGUGAUAAUUUGAUCAGACUGUAUCAUGGGACGUUUGUUGACGUUUUGAGACAGCUCAAGUGUGACACUGAACCGUUCAGUUUUGAAAAAUUCGAGCAAGAGAUCAAGUUUGAAGCGUUAAAUACGCAAUUUGGACACGUUGUCUUUAUGUUAACGCCGAUUUUUGCCCCAAAAGGCAGUGUGAAAGAACUGGACGAGUUUUCACCAGAGGCGUUUGCGGAAAUGGUCGGUUCGUUUGCUUCCGAUUUGCAUAAGGAGAAGUUGGCGUUGGUUGUGAACGAAUUUGGCAAAAGAAACUGGAUUUAAAUAAAAAAAUUUGAACUAAA